AUGGCCCGCGGCGGCAUCAAUUUCUCACUGCCCAAAACGCUCGAAGCCGCCCGCAGGUCGCUUGGGAGACGGUCCAGAGUCCGCAGCGAUGCACGCAGCGGAGGCGCUACACACCAAUCGGCAGACGCGCUGCUGCGGACGCAGUACGGGCUCUCCGAGGACGCGUACAGGGAGUACGGCGUAAGGGAGGGGAUGCUGGCGGCCCACAUGGCCAACAAGGACUCCUUCGUGCUGGACGAAGGCUCGGUCUACACCGAGCUGCACAAGUGCAAUGCGCACAACAUCGCCUCGAUAUUCCAAACGAAGCCCGAGUCCAUCUUUUCUGCGCUCCCUGAGGGGGCUUGCGGGGACGUCCUCAAGGACAUCGCUCUGCUGCCGGAAGGGCAGGCCCUGGGCAUCGUAAACAGGAAGGUCGCCGUAGAAAUAAUAUCGCAACUGAGGCAGUAUGCGUCGUCAAAGAGAGGGGAGAUUCGUGCCAGGGGCAUGUUGCUGGACGGCAAAAGGGGGACGGGCAAGAGCUACGUCCUCAACCACGUCGCCAUGUGGGCGCGGCAGAACGGCUGGAUGGUGAUCAUGGAACCUUCGCCGUCGAAAUAUGCGAGGGAGGUCGGCAGCAUUAAACGCUCGAACGCAGGGAGCGAGUUCGCCGUCAAGUUCUUGGAGACGCUCAUGACGGCCAACGCGGAGAAGCUGGAAAUGAUAGACGUGAAACCGCAGCAUUACGGCAAAAUCGCCUUGGACGGUAACCACGUCGAGUACACCAAGCGCAUGUUCAACCCGGUGAUACGGAAGGCCGUUGAGGAGGAGCUGGAGAUAUUUAUGGAGGAGGAGGGCGGCAGCGCCUUGGAAGUGGAGGUGGAAAGGCUCAAGCUCUGGCACUCGUACAGGCAGCAGUUCAAAAUACCGGUCCUCAGAGACGUGCUCCACGCGCCAAAAACCCUGGUGCAAAUAGCAAAGUUCGGCAUCGAAAACGAGACCUACGCGAACCAAGCUGUGUACGAGCUGUUCGAUCAGCUCAAGCACCAGACGGUCUUCCCGCUGCUUAUCAUUGUCGACGAAUACAACGAAUGCUUCCCCGUGUCCGAGUACCUCUCCAUCAAGUACGAGAACACCAAGUUCAACGGCUGGAUACCCAGCUACCACCUUGCAAUGCCGCGCCUGUUUAGCAAGUUCGACGGGGAGCAGUACACAAACGGUAACGUGCCGCUGUGCUAG